UAGUGAACAGCUGAUUUUGCAAUUUUGCUUUUUAACUCAAAUGGAUUUAAUUUGAAAAUAAUAAAUAAAAUUACUAUUUUGCAAACACGUGCAGUUUGUGACUGAACAGCUGAUUUUGCAAUUUUGCUUUUUAAGUAGUGGAUUUAAUUUGAAAAUGUCUGAAGAACAUAAAUCUGAAUUGGAAAGAAUUUUUGAUAUUGCUAAAAAUGAUGAGAGUUUAAUAACAAUAGUUGCUACGGUAGAUACUGGUUUUGAAUGGCAAGCAAUAGAUGAGUGCAGAGAAAAAAUAUUACAAAAUUUACGAGUAUUCAAAGACCGUGGAAAAAUAUGUUUCAACAUCCCAAUAGAUAAAUAUGACAAGGUAGAACAAUUGAAGUCAGUAGACAAUGUUUACAUUUUAGCUGAUAUAAAUUAUCACUCAUACAACAAAAACGACAAGGAGUCCUGCUUUCAGCUUCUCAGAGACACUUUAUCAUCGAAUAAGUCUCAAUUAGACAAGAGUAUAAACGCGUGGAAAAAGUUCACGAAGUUUCCCGGUAAAGUGUUUCCUUCUAUUAAAGAGUACGAGCGAGUAAUAGACGACUACAAGGCGGUUAAAGAAGAAAAGAGGAAAGGUCCAGAGGAAGAAACUGUGAGAGGUAGAAAAAAGCGAGGCAAGGAUCCUUCGUCGUCUAAAGAGACUGAUAUUUUAUCCUACCGAGUCUCAUGUGAAAGAACUGGGGUCCACGCGUUUGAGUCUCAAGAAGUUGCAGUGAAAUUAGGCGGAGAAUUUAAUGACUUAUACCACUGGAUAGUUGAUUUAACUGAUUACCAGCUGGAGAUACUUUACAAAAUUUCUUACGCUGAAACUUUAAUAUUGCUACGCGUGACUACUGAGUCGAUGCACCGGAGAAACAUUGCUUUUUUUGGACCUACAACUCUCAGGGCGACUGUUUGUUACAAUUUGUUGCGGCUGGCUAAACCUAAACCUGGGGAAAUUAUUAUUGAUCCAAUGUGUGGUGGUGGAUCCAUUCCUAUUGAAGCUACUAAAGAGUUUCCAUUGAAUUACAUAAUUGGUGGAGAUAAUCAUGAAAAAGCCAUGGAAAGAUCCAGGAUGAAUUUUGCAAUGCUACCGACCGCGUACAAGUCAGAUUUAAUUCAAUGGAAUUUGGAGCGCUUGCCAUUUAAAGAUUCUUCCGUGGAUGCUUUUGUGACAGACAUGCCCUUUGGUAAAAGAAUGGGAUCAAUGUCAAACAAUCGAGUUCAAUAUAAAAAAUAUUUGCUGGAAUUAGGCCGUGUCGUUAGGAUGAAAUAUGGGCGACUAGUUUUACUGACUUACGAUCGACGAAGUAUUACAAUUGCUUUACAAGCAGCUACAGAUUUAUUUAAAGUGAAAAAAACUCUAUCAAUAAGCAUGGGAGGACUAAAUGCAGCAGCCUACGUUCUAAAACGUACAAAUUUAGCUUACGACAGUUUUUUAACAAGAGUGAUAACACUGGUGACACCAAAAGCUAGAUCAUCAUCUUCAUCUUCUGAUAAAUCAGAAUAAUAAAUUUUUUUACUGGUAUAUA